GUUUAUCUACCUCUUUGAGAGAUCAUAUGCGGAGGCCUGAGGGGCGGGGCCGAAGGAGCCUAGGUCCAGCGUGACUGCGGGGGAAGUGCUGCGAGCUCGGGUGAGCUAUGGGGUUGCUCAGCAUCCUGAAGAAGAUGCGGCAGAAAGAGCGCGAGCUGCGACUGCUCAUGCUGGGCUUAGACAAUGCUGGCAAAACCACCAUCCUGAAGAAGUUCAAUGGGGAUGAUAUUGACACCAUCUCACCCACAUUAGGGUUCAACAUCAAGACGCUGGAGCAUCGUGGCUUCAAGCUGAACAUCUGGGAUGUGGGGGGCCAGAAGUCCCUGCGCUCUUACUGGAGGAACUACUUUGAGAGCACGGAUGGCCUCAUCUGGGUGGUAGACAGUGCCGACCGCCAGCGUCUGGAGGACUGCAAAAGGGAACUGCAGAGCCUUCUGGUGGAAGAGCGCUUGGCAGGAGCCACCUUGAUCAUCUUUGCCAAUAAACAGGACCUGCCAGGGGCCCUAAGUGCUAACGCCAUCCAAGAGGUUUUGGACCUGGACAGCAUCCAUAGCCACCAUUGGUGUAUCCAAGGCUGCAGCGCUUACACUGGAGAGAAUUUGCUAGCAGGCAUCGACUGGCUAUUGGAUGAUAUCUCCAGCCGGAUAUUCACAGCAGACUGAGUCACAGUAGGGGCAGGUGUACCCCGCCACCCCCAUGCACGUGUGUAGCUGGGGGCUCAGACUCCAUUUAUCAGCCACUAAGACAGCUGGGCCUGCCCUCUGACCCAGGAUGCAGUUUGGCCAUGAGCAUCUUCCAGAUCAAAGUCUGGGGCAGGGACUGUUUCUGCUGAGCAUGGUCCUUGGACAGGUCUUGGCUGCAAAGGAGCAGAGUUGGGAUGCUGGGGGCAAGGGAGAAGAGGCUUCCUUCUCCCUAUUCUCUGUAUGGAGUUGUAUCCCGUGUAUAUCUUAAUAAAGCUGCUGCUAUGAUUCAGAUGUA